GUUUGACCAAUUCAGGUGUGUGAACUUGUCAGACGCGCAUAAUUCGUAUCUUGUAUGCUAUCAUCGCUAAGUUUGUUGGUCCAAUGCAGCGGAAAUUAGAACAAUUACCUGGUCUUAGUAAUGUGACUGGAAAAUACACAAAAAAGUGUACAGAUGAACCAUACCCUCGUUUGUUUGUACGCAAUACGAGUGAAGGUAGGAAUGAUGUUACAAUCCAAGUAAAUAAAGUCAAUUCAGAAAGCUCAGGAUUUCAUAAUUCUGAUGUCGCACCUCCUGUGUGGCCCUUGAAUGCCACAAAGUCUUCAAUUAUGCAACCUCGACUGGAUUCCGCCAAUAGCCAUGAUUACGUACCAGUGACUCACAAAUGUCCAAACAUUCAUGUCGCCAAGCCUCAGUAUGUAACUCCUAAAUCAUCGACAGCACACCAAUCUUUGAUAUCUAGUGGACCAAAUACAUCUUCAGGAGGAAAGGUGAGACCUCAAAAGUCAAAUAUUCCCAUUAAGCCACAAGAUAUGCAACGUACCAAAAGAUAUAUGAAGGAAGUUGUGAAAUCGUCAUCAUCAGGAAGUGUGUCCGCACUUCAGUCUAAACCUACAGGUGUGAUAAUAGCCACUCCAUGUUCUCCACAAGUUAAUGAACAGGGUCUCACCAGGUCAUUUGAUGGUUUUUCUGUGAGUGGGAAAGUGGCUUCAUUUAAUUCAUUUUCUGGAAGCGAAGAAUCAUUUCAUAGAGGCUCCGAAAGGACUUCGUUUUUAAGUGGAAAAGAUUUUAGUCAAAGAUUGUUACCUGGCCCAUGUAUUGUGUCGGGUUAUUCUUAUGAAACAGAGGACGGGAUUCUUUCAACAAGAGAGCAUUCACGUGACCGAUCGUCCUACACUCAGCCAUCAAAUUUGCUGAAUGUUUCGAAGAACUCACCUGGAGGUGCUGAUUCUCAACACUGCUCUAAGAGAUUCUCCGAUGAUCGGGAGGCUUAUCAGCUAGGAGAUGAACAGUUAUGCAGUAGAAUAGGUCGGGUAAAUCUCUCGGAUAAUGAACCGGCUGUAUCACCUAUGCAUAUCAGUAGUGACUCAUCAUUGCAGUCCACAGAACAACAUAUUUCUUACUCUGGAAAUCAGGAAAAACAAGAUACGAGUGAACUUAACAGAAAACCCAUAAUACAUCUAUGUGGUCUUCAACCGAGACACACCUCAUGGAAUGUUGGUAAGUGUAUACAAAUGAGUUGAGUCCAAUCUGCUCCGGAUUGAACUCUUUUACUAAUAUGACAUGUAAAAUAUUCGUCUCUGAAGUUAGGUUAGACGAUCAUAACUAUUAUUUUGGUGCAAUGGAAAGUUUAUACAUCAUCAGAAACAUGUGACUCUGAUAAGAAUUCAAACCCCAUGAGAAGAAAGUUUCUGCUGUUGAUUAUGAUUCUUUUGUAACUAAAUCUUCUUAACUGCAUCCACCAGCCGAUCUUAUUCUUAGAAGAUGAUUUGACGGCUCAAUAAGAAGACACCUAUUUAGUGAUCGCUCAUGGCGCUGCCUAGUAACUGUUUCCUUGCUUAAAUCACAAACCAUUGGAUUUUUCCUCGGUAAAACUCAUUUCGUAAAUUUAUACACCGACUGGUAUUGUCACUGUACUGAGUUCCAACAUUAGGAAGUCUUAAAAAUGUGUUGCUCAGUAGUUCCACUGCCGAUUGUCAGAAAAUAAUAAUGCACUUUGAUGCUCAAUAAUUAUGAGACAGAGUACUGAUGAAGAAGUUGUAUCUUUUUGGUCUUUUUUUGUCACGAGUUAUCUGAGAAUAUCAAUAUCUUCGCCUUGGCGAAGUAUCAAAUAAUUAAAAAUAAUGACCAGGCAAAGCCUAUCACUUCUUGAGCUUGCUCCCGGUUUAAACAUCUUUAAAGGCCUAUCUGCAAGACCGCCAAUAUAAUUGUUCCUUGUACUCUAACUAAUUAACUGGAAGAAUGUUGAGACUGACCAUGUUUCCUGAAAGCAGAAAACACGGUCUAUUUGUGACUUCCAACGACCAAAGCUAUAAAUUAAACCUAUCGGUCAUCACAUUAACUAUGGUUUGUGGCCAGCUAAGUACCCCUUAUAUCGCUUAUACCGAACCAGUUUUACUAACUUAUUAUAUUCUUUUUAUUUAAAUAUCUUGCUGUAUUUUAUUAGGUUUUUCCAAUAUAGGUGAACUACCAGAUGCUAGAAUGCCGGGUUCACAGUGCACACAAAACGCUUUGGAACAUUACUUGUCAGACUUGGUAGCAGAUGAGCAGAAAAUGAUGGCAAGUAGUCCUUGUGCUGGUGUAGCACGUGGUUAUUGCGAAACAACGUCCGGUUAUAUGAAUCCCUCAGUUUCUCCAAAAUCUGGUGAGAAUGAGAAGAAAACGUGCUCUACAGACUUAUUACAGUUUCUAGAGCAACGCAUCGAAAAUGCUUUGAGGAGUAUGACGUCUGUGGGUAUGCUAAAAAUAUAAAUAUUUCAUGCAUGAAAUCAAGUUAGAUUAGGAUUAUUAAUUUUUCUCAAGAAUGUAAUAAAUAGUUGACUACUCUCUGUAAUUUAGUUCGGAGUAUUUUAGGCGUUUCUUUCGGUUUUUACUUGAAAAUUUCUAUUAAUGUUCUCGAUUGAAAUAAGCCACACGUUUUUAUGACUUCCUCCUUUCUUAUAUGUGAAGUUCUAGACAGUUUGUUAACAUCACAUCAACUAAUAUGCUUAACUCACUGAUGAACUAUCUGUUGAAUUUAAGUUGGUUUUCAAAUUUUCCAGGAAGUCUUAUAUCGGUAUAUUACCACUUUAAACUUAAAGAUAGUAUAAUUUAGAACUUAAAUUGGGACAAUAUCUUUCCUCCAUUUUUUAUAUGCUUUGCAGCGGGCUGGAAUAUUUGCGUAUUAACACAAGUUUAUCAUUUGAAUAUGAAGGACCCUUUUUCGCCUUUACUGAGCUACAACUUUGUAGUCUAGUUUUCCAGUUAGAUAAUGCAACUAAGUUUAUGCUUUUACUGUAAUGCACUCAUCAACAACAUGAAUUUAGGUUUGGGUGUUUUUUGGUUACGUAAAAAUUGUUAUCUUCAUAGGUAAAACAACAAGUAUCCAAGAGAAUUUACUUGGCUUACUUUAGUUACAAGGCUAACUAAACGAGAAAAUUAUUGUUUAGUAUAAGUUUGUCUACAAUAAAGUGAUUUUUGUGACGGAAUUUAAUUAGUAGAUUUAUCUUCGGUUUUAUUUUAGAUAAAACAUGUAGAUACAGUUUUUAUAAUCACUGUGGCUAAUGUUCGUAAUACUGUGCGAUUAUAUAAAUUAUUAUGCUCUGGUAAAGUUCUUACUAAGUUCUUUUUAUGGGUAGUAAUAAAUAAUAUGUACAUUUCACCUCUAGAUGUUUGUAAAUAACUGAAGCUUUUAAACCCUUAAGUAUUUUUUUCUUGUUUUGGAUUAUUAGAUUCAAAACCAUACCCUCCCAACAGUACACAAAAUCGGAUGCGUCCAAAUAGGAGUGCUUCUUUAAAUCCAGUUUGCGAUUCUCGAAUAAAAGGUGUUGAAUCAUCAUCAGUGGCUGGAAAUCUUUUUCAAAAUCAACGCACGUUUGAAAAUAAUGAUUCACAACAGAUUUAUUCCUACGAAAACUCUGCUGCGCCUCCAAAUAGACAACACAUUAGUUCCUUUUCAGAUGAACGUUCAAGCCACGCUUAUGCAGAAAGUAAUGUGCUUCAACAAUUUAAUUUCGAUGAGUGUAUUAGAACCUUAGUUUAAAACUCAGCAACUAGAUAAGGGAGUUUGAUAUUGAUUCUAGUGUCUUAAUCUGUUAAAUUUUUAAAUUUGUCCCAAAACAAAUAAGACGGUUAGGUUCAAAGUGUGUUUUUUCAACCCAUGAGUGUUGUACGUAAAAUUUCAUGUAUAGUGUCUUAAGGCUUUGAAUAGCACUGACUAGUAGAUGCUUCAUUUUUAUUUCUGCCCAUCCUCUGAAAUCACUAUGUUCAUAGAUAGAGAUGCCUUAUAACCGUCUCAACCGCUAAAAUUUCAUAUGUUGUAUGUUUUUUUAUUUUGUUUUUACCACUUUCCACAACGGAGAUAAACCUUUCAAUAUUGAAAUUCAGAAAUUAAGAAUAAUAGUGACGUUUCAUACGUUUUCUAAUUCUUGAGAGAUAUAAGCAUGGAGGAUCUCGUUCAUAGUGACGUGUAAGAUGAGGAACAGCAAUCCGAUUCUCUAAAAGCCUCCAGAGCACUAAGUCCUGUUACUACCUGUCUCUAUACUGGAAGCUAAGGAGUAUACAAAAAUCGAAACUAACUCGAGUUGACCAAAAAUGCACUAACGUGGUCGUUAUUCUUUAUCAAUUUUCUAUAUAAUAUUUUUAGGGUUCCGUAAUUUUAAUUCUUUUCUCCACUGUUGUUGAAAUAUUCCUUGGUGAGAAUUGUUAUAAGUUUCUCAAUUCUCGUUGCGGAGACUAUCUUUUCAGAGAUGAGGUGGAUUAAUUUAAAGGUUCUCUAGUAUUUAAACCCAGUAUUUGUCACCUUCUAAACUUUAAGUCUAACCCAGAAUCAAUGAGUAUCUCCACACUUACUUUAUAAUUAGGUUCGGAGAGAUUGAGAGCACGUGGUUAUUUGAGUAGUUUAUUUUCAGAGGAAGAAAUAAUGUGAAUACAAAUGUAAUUGAGAGAAGAAUAUGGAAAGAAUUCAUAAUUUUUCUAAGUAUCCUGGCGAAGACCCAUACGGCGGGUUACCAGAAUAGCCAUCUUCAUUGUAGAAAUGACCUUCAAAUAAAAGCAGAAACUAAUAUAGACGAGGAGCAUAUGGUUUGUUUACAGCUGCCAAGUUUAAAUAAUCCUUCACGAUAUACUUUUGUAGAAUGUUUAUUGUGUAUUUAUUAUAUGAAUAUAACAUAGUUGAUCCUAAUUUCAGCCGUAAAACACAAAAUCCUUGUUUCGGUAAGUUUAAAUAAUUCGCUGAACAUUCAGUUGCCCUAAUUAUUUUUUACUGAAUGGCUUCUGCCUCUCCUGCCAUUUAUCGGGUGCUAGGCUGACGAAUCAUCAUGUUAUAUAGAUUUUCUGAUUUAUUAUUUCGUAGAAAUAACUAUACCUAGCAUUAUUUUCACUUCUAAUAUGACUAAUGGAUAACUCUUUGUUACGAUUUUAAUCUGUGACUUUAAAUUAUUUAUCAAAGUACGAUUUUCUGGGCCUAAAUGUUUGAACUGCUAGUAAUUUUGGCAUUAACUUGUCUUUUUACAUUAGGAACAUUCAUGCAGGCAAAACGUUUCACAGUUUUUACUUGUUCGGGACCUGUGAAUUCAUAUGCUUGAUAUGUGUGUGUUUUUUAGUUGCAGUAUCUUCUUAAAUCUGUUAGAGAUUUAUUGGCGUUACGCGCUCCUUCUGCAUACACAAACGUUUCAUUGGGACAAGAUGGAUCUAAAAUCACUGAACUAGAUAAACCAAGAAAGUAUGGUAAAACUGAACGAAAUGAAACAAUGUCAAACAGGGAUGACCAGAGUAUGUGUGCGGAGUCACCAUAUAUAGCUAGAUCAUUAUCAAGCAGUCGUAGUAGCAGUGCUGUGAGGAACAAUCGCUUUGAGACGACUUCAGAAUCUCGAGGUAGCCGAUUAAGUUCUGGAAUAUCCGAAGACGGUAGCCAUUCAAACGCUGAUUUAAUGCAUCAGCGUCUACCCAUAGGUUUUCAGCAUUUUGAGCGGUAUUUGGAUAGCAAAUUUGGCCCAGAUCAUCCAACUAACAACGCUUUCACAAACAGUUCAGAUGUUCAGCCAAAACCUGAGUCAUGUGCAAAAAUAAUACAAACGAGUUCAGGACAUUCCCCCUCAGUAUUGUCCGGGAAUUCAUUUGACCACAAUUCACACAUGUUAACCAAACAAAAACCACCCAGUUCCAUUCCAAUGCAUUUAGGAACUACUCAGACAGGUAUUAUUACCACCAACAAAUCCGAAGAAACCGUCAAUCAUUCUUCUAGAACACCUGUUCCGCAAUACCCUGAUCAUUUGAACGAAGGUUUCCGUCCUGUGUAUACGAAUUUUCAGUCUGACUAUUCAGAACAAACAGAAUGGAAUUCAGAGGAAAAACUAACAGUGACUAGUGAAUAUUGUAAUUCAAUGUCUAACCAACCUGGUUUGGCCACACACUCACAUAACAGCGGAUGUGUGUCUGUUCCCUUCAUAAACCAUUCAACCUCCUCUCAUACUGGAAACGCAGAUGGUAAUGCUAAUCAUAUGAAUUAUUGCACAGAGUCAAAUAACAUUUAUGCUCCCGAUCCUCAACAGGGACAAGUAACUUCUUGGCCACCAAAUUGGUAUCAAUGGUACAUUUCUUCUCACAUGUUUCCACAAAGGCAUCCAUCCUAUUCACAAUUUCCCUAUCACCACUACUAUUACCCACACCUGAAACAACAACAACAAUUCGGUCUUGAUCAUACAGUUUUUUCACAUCGUAUGAAUCGUUUAGUCACCCCCUUAUCUUAUGUGAUGAAUUCUCCACCAAACUAUUCACCAGCGGGGCAUUUUUGCUGUAUGGAGCCAAACCAUGCACAUGUGUACGAAGGCAAUUGUACAUCCCCUUUGGCUGAAAGUUGUCAUUUCGUCUCCUAUGACCCACAGACUACAGAAAACCCACUACAGGCAACAGCAGCCAGUGGUCUAUGCUCAUGUGCAAAUCCUGAUGGAAUCAAACGAUUUGCUAAUAUAAACUACACCUAUUCGGAUAGAAUUCCAACAAAUUCUUAUGCAGCUUACAGACCAUCAGGUGUGUAUUCACCUCCACCUGGUUAUCCUUGGUUUCCUUGCAUGAACACUGUUCGCUGGGAUCCAUUUUCUUAUAAUAACAACAAUAACCUAGAAAACUACAAUUGGAACGCUUAUUUUCAACGUCCGACUUAUGGACGAUUUACAAAUUGUAUGCCUCGUUCUGGUAGUGCAAAUGCUGGGUUUACAUAUUCAUCUGAAACAGAUAAUUUAUCAAAUCAUACAUCUGAACGUGGAGUAGCUUCAGAACUUGAUAGAUUUAAACAAAAUAGCAAUCGUUGUGAGCAUUAUUAUGCAGUUAAUCCAAGUAACCAGGUAUUUAUACUGUCAGAUCAAACAAAUGAUGCACAAAACUUCUUUCAUCACAAUAAUAAUAAUGGUAACAAUGUUUUACAGUCACCGGCUUUACGCUCAAUGACUAAUUCGUUUAGUGCUAAUGAUUUAGCCGCUUACCAUAAUCAAAGUAGAAUAGGAAUAAGAUAUACUAAGUCAAGUUUUGAUUUAGCUCCGGAAUUACCCGUUGAACCGGGAUUAGCUUUAAUGGAUCGUUCUAAUUUCUAUUCAAAAAUUUCAUCAUUAAUUGAAAUGGACAACAAUAGUCGUUUAAUUUUACCGAAUGGAUGGUCUGAAAGACGAUCAGGUCUUGGUCGAUCAUAUUAUACAUGUGAUUCAACCAGACGAUCCACAUGGAAUCAUCCACUCAUUGGACCGUAUAUACCAUUGGGAUGGGAACGCGUUGAUUCAAGUCAAUCAGGUGUUUACUAUCAAAAUUUGCUUAUUCCUCAUUGUCAACGUCAUCAUCCCAACCUCUGGAUUAAUGCUCCCUUAAAAGAUCCUGAAGUAGAACGUAAAAGUUUCUUUACUGAUCUACGUAAACUACAAUUAUCCCUACGGCAUAACUUACUUGAUUGCCACAGUGAAGUGGGAGCAUAUAAAAAUGCUAACUCAGAACAAGAGCAAUACUUUAUAAGCCGGUUUCGAUAUUUGAAAUUAGAGUCUCUGAUGGAAAUGAUUUAUGGUUUAGAUCAACUGUUCUACCAAGAUCUUCAUGCUUUAGUGGUAUCCUUUGAACAAGAAAGAAUGUCAGUAGUUUCUCACAUGUUUGCAAUUCGACCACCAGAGAAAACCUUCCCCCAGUUUACAGAUCCUUAACUUAACCUUCAUUUAUACUUUAAUUCUUUAAGACACUCUAAAGUGUUUGAUUUCUUAUUCAUUCACUUUUGUAUAAAAAUCUGUUUACUAUUUAUUUCUGAAUAAAUACACUAAUUAUGGACUCUUAGUAAGAAUUUUCGCAGGUUUUAAGUGUUUAGACUUUCAUGUUGACUAAGCAGUUAGUUAUAGUGAGAUGAAACUUUUGGUAAAAAACUGAAUAUUUGCUUAAAGUUUCAAAUAUAUUCUAUACUCCCACCAG